AUGGGCGCCUCCGACUCCAAGCUCGUCUUCAAACAGGGCAUCAUCCGUCUGUCCGAGCAGACUGAAAUCCCCGCCGACGACACGUACUGGACGGGAUUCUGGGAGCUGCCAGAGUCCGCCGAAGAUGUCUUCACCCUCUUCUCGCCCGCCGACAUUCGCCGCACUCGCGACAAUGCCCUCGUCAACCUGGAAACCCUUGUGCUAGCCGUCUCCUCUAGGCUCUGCGUCCUGCGCAACCACCCGUCGUUCCCCGACCCCGAGCUCGCGCCCGAGAAAGACGCCCUGAACUGCAUCCGCGUGCUGACACGCCUGCUGCCCUACAUCUACGAGGCAGACCACCUCGAUGCGUGGGAGGACAAGUUCUUUUGGGGCGCGCGCCGCAAGCGCAGCCGGAAGGGCCAAUUGCACCGCUCCGAGGUGCUGUUCGACGGCGCCACCGCCGACGAACCGCCCCAGGAGAAUGCCCCGGACUUUGAGGAAGCAAAGCCGCUGGCCGAGGAGCUCAUCGACACCCUGAUCGACCUGUUGUUCUUCGCCGACUUUACCCUGCCCAAGAUCCAGUCGGCCAAGGGCAAGGUCACGUACGCCAUUUGGCAGAGCGGCGUGGGCUGCAACACGCCCGUGGGGACCAGCAAGGAGUUUGAGAACAAUCGCACCGAGAUACUGCGGCUUCUGCUCACCCUGGCAAGCAAGUCCAUGUACACGUCUCCCAAUGUCCUUCCCGUCAAGGGCGUGAAAGCGAUCACGUACAUCACAACCUGCCCAGACAAGCAGAUCGUGCUCUCGCUUCUCUGCUCGCUCCUCAAUACGACGCUAAAGUACAACCCCGCAAGCUGGCGCGUGCCCUACGAUCAUGUGGUUUUCAAGGACCCGAGACAAAUUCUCGUCACCUACUGCCUCCAAUUCCUUCUCGUCCUGAUCCUCUACCCUAUCCCGGAACCAGGGAACGGCCCGCCUCCCAAGAACUUUUUCCGCCAUUUCUUGGGCAGACUUCAUAGACCUCAAGACUUCCAGUUCCUUCAUGAUGGCCUGACCAGGAUCCUGAAUCAGCCUCUGCAAGCAACGACUUCCUACCUUCCUGGUAGCCAAAAGUCUUUGACAUGGGCUCCCGAGAUGCUCGUCCUCUUUUGGGAGGCGUUGCAAUGCAACAAGCGUUUCAGAACAUUCAUCAUUGACACGGACCGGGCUCAUGACUUCGUGGUGCUGAUCCUCUUCUAUGCCAUCGAUCAGUGUAAUGAUCCUUCGAGGCAAGGCCUGAUUCGCAUGUGCAUCUUCAUCCUUCAAACCCUCAGCACUGAACCGAAUUUCGGCAAGAAUCUGAACAAGAAAUUCGAGGGCCAAGACACUCUACCAGCAAGCAUCCGCAUCCCCAACUUCCAUGGGACAUACGCGGAUUACAUGAUUACGUCGAUAUACACACUCCUCACCACUCGUAAAGGAAAGCUCGAUGCUGUGUAUCCUGCACUGCUUGCCAUCGUCAACAACAUUGCAGCUUACGUGCAAAACUUGGGCCGGGCAACCUCCUCGAAGCUUAUCCAGCUUUUCAUCUCCAUGUCAUCACCCAGUUUCUUGUUAGCAAACGAGUCGAACCACAGUCUUCUCCACUCCUUGCUGGAAGCUCUGAACGCCAUAAUCGAGCAUCAAUACUCUGCCAACCCGAACCUGAUAUAUGCGAUCUUGAGGUCAAGGAAGCGUUUCCAAGCGUUGACCGACUUCACUCUGGAAAGUGCGCAGGAUGAGAUUGAGCGUCAAAAUCAAUUAAGGAAGGAGCGGAGAGCUAGCGAUGGAGGGACAUCAACCAGAGGCAACUCUCGUCAGAACUCCAUCGAUAGCCUGAGAAGCCCAAUCACCAGCCGUCCUCCCACGCUCAGCAACGUGCCUGAGGAGAAUAGCGCAUUCAGCAUUGGUGACGAUGAUGACUCCGGUGAUGAGCAAGACACCCCCACGCCCCAUCGCCGUUCUCCAGUGCAGUCUGGAAGCAAUUCGAGAACUGCAUCCAUCGGCUCGGCUGCCGAUGACAGUGUCCCGUUGCAGCUAAGGGGAAUGUCGGAGAAGGCAAGGGGCAAGAUGCCUGUGGGAGCCCCUUCGUUUUCCAGGCAGAACAGUACGAGUAGCUUGAGCAGUCUGGCCACACCAACCUUCAUGUCAAACGGCAAAUUCACCCCUACCACGGAAUGGUUAGAGACCUGGGUUCCCGAAUUACCUCUGCACACCAUCCUGACGCUCAUCUCGCAACUGGGCCCGCUGAUCCCCGCCGACUCGGCAACGGACACGGCCACGGCGCUGGAGACGAUCCGGGCCACCGACGUCCGCGGCAUCGACCCGUCGGCGAUACGCGUCCACCUGUUCGAGUGGUCGCCGCUGUCGCUCGGGUGGUACGAGUCGCUGCUGUGGAGCUUCAUCUUCGCCAGCGAGAUGCUCGUCUCCAAGGGCACGGCCGGCGUGUGGAACGGCACCAGCCUCAAGCUCUUCCGCGUCCAGGAGGUCGGCCCGCAGACGCCGUCGCUGCUCGCGCCCCGCGGCGCCGUCGACGCCGUCGGCGACAACCUGCGUCAGCGCAUCGGCAGCCUCAACCUCGGCCGCAACUCCAUGCAGGGGAACGGGGGAGGCGGUGCACAGAGCCCUGGUGGUGGUGGCAACGGUCCCGUCAGGGACAUCUAA